UUGGUGAUUUCCCACCUUUUUCACGUUCUUCCUCCCCUCCAACCCCCACUCUCCCACUCCUUUUUUUAAGUUUUACCUCUCUUUCUUUCCUUCUCGUCUUCUUCUUCUUCUUCUUCUUCUACUCAAGGCUAUAACCGUUGCUGCUGCGAUUUCGUUCCGGGUAGAGGAAGAAAGAGGAGCUGGAAGAGGGUGGAAGGGACGGAGCAUGGCCGUCUAUGCCCAAUAUCCGGAUUCGUACUUUCCGGGCUUCUCCAGCGAGCCGGGUGAAUACCAGGAACCGAUCGGCGCCGGUGGCUUCUGCUUCUUGCAGCAACAGCAGCAGCAGGAGUAUCAGAGCAACAGAAGCAUCUUUCCUCUGCCCAUCACAUGCAACCAAAUCCUCGCUGCCUUCUUCGAGAAACAGAAGCAGGAGAUUGAUGAGUUUAUCGUCCUACAGGGGGAGAGGUUGAGGGAGGAGUUGGAGGCGCAGCGGCGGGAGCAACUGCAGGCGGUGCUGCGGCGGGUGGAGACGGGCGUGUCGGCGCUCAUGGGCGAGAGGGAGGCGAGAAUGGAGGGGGAGCUGCGGCGCGGGGCGGAGCUACAGGAGCUGCUCCGGCGGGCGGAGACCGAGCGCGCCGCCUGGCAGAGGCUCGCCCGCGAGCGCGAGGCAGCCGCGGCCGCCCUCGCGAACGCGCUGGAGCGCCUGCGCAGCUGCUCCCCCUCGCCCGCCGCGGGCGACGACGAGGACGCCGAGUCGUGCUGUGCGGCGGAGAAGGAGGAAGAGGAAGAGGCGGAGGGGCGCAACCGCGUUCCGGCGACGUCGGGGGCGUCAUGCAGGGGGUGCGGCGAGAGGCCGGCACGUGUGGUGAUGCUGCCGUGCCGGCACCUCUGCGCGUGCGGACCGUGUGGCUCGGCCGUUCGCACGUGCCCGGUCUGCGGGUCGGCGAAGCGGGCGAGCCUCGAGGUCUUUUUCAUGUAGCCAGAGAAAGGGAAAAAAGAAAAGGAAUUUAAUAAAAAUUAUAAAUUUUUUU